AGAUGCCCUGGGUGGGGACAGCCUUGACGCGCUGCGCCUGCGCGAUGUCUCUUUGCGGGGCGCCCCGGUCGGUUCCCAGCCCCGCUUCGCCGCAGAGGCUUGGGCCCUCCGGCCCUCCGUAGCCGCGCGACUGUCGCGCUGCACCAGCUUCCUCCUCGGCGUUCCCACGCCUAUUUGGGCGGAUUCUUGGCGCCCGAGGAAGAGGUAGGCGCACCGUGUCUCCACGUCAGAGACCCGACUGUGGAGAUGGCGGCCCAGAAGAUAAACGAGGGGCUGGAACACCUCGCCAAAGCAGAGAAAUACCUGAAAACUGGUUUUUUAAAAUGGAAGCCAGAUUAUGACAGUGCCGCUUCUGAAUAUGGAAAAGCAGCUGUUGCUUUUAAAAAUGCCAAACAGUUUGAGCAAGCAAAAGACGCCUGCCUGAGGGAAGCUGUUGCCCAUGAAAAUAAUAGGGCUCUUUUUCAUGCUGCCAAAGCUUAUGAGCAAGCUGGAAUGAUGUUGAAGGAGAUGCAGAAGCUACCAGAGGCCGUUCAGCUAAUUGAGAAAGCCAGCAUGAUGUAUCUAGAAAACGGCACCCCUGACACUGCGGCCAUGGCCUUGGAGCGAGCUGGAAAGCUUAUAGAAAAUGUUGAUCCAGAGAAGGCUGUACAGUUAUAUCAACAGACAGCUAAUGUGUUUGAAAAUGAAGAGCGCUUACGGCAGGCAGUUGAAUUACUAGGAAAAGCCUCCAGACUACUAGUACGAGGNNUUAGGUUUGAUGAGGCGGCACUCUCUAUUCAGAAAGAAAAAAAUAUUUAUAAGGAAAUUGAGAAUUAUCCAACUUGUUAUAAGAAAACAAUUGCUCAAGUCUUAGUUCAUCUACACAGAAAUGACUAUGUAGCUGCAGAAAGAUGUGUCCGGGAGAGCUAUAGCAUCCCCGGGUUCAAUGGCAGUGAAGACUGUGCUGCGCUGGAACAGCUUCUUGAAGGUUAUGACCAGCAGGACCAAGAUCAAGUGUCAGAUGUCUGCAACUCACCGCUUUUCAAGUACAUGGACAAUGAUUAUGCUAAGCUGGGCCUGAGUUUGGUGGUUCCAGGAGGGGGAAUCAAGAAGAAAUCACCCGCAACACCACAGGCCAAGCCUGAUGGUGUCACUGCCACAGCUGCUGAUGAAGAGGAAGACGAAUACUCAGGAGGACUAUGCUAGUAUUUUGCUUGCUGAAAAGAAAAGGGAAACAAAGGUAAAAAUCCUGACAUGCCAUUUCAAGGACUUGGGAAUAGAUUAGGGAUAUACGUACUUCAUUACAGUCAUGUUGGAU